AUGAACUCAAAGAUGAUGGGUGACAUAUUCAGGAAGUUUGGAGUGGUGAAGGAUGUCUACAUCCCUCUGAAGAGAAGGAAAGUGAGGAACACUAGAUUUGCCUUUGUCCGUUAUGACUGUGAAGUGGCAGCAGAAAUAGCAGUGCAAAAAGCCAAUGGGAUAUGGAUGGAGGAUAAGCAAUUGGUAGUGAAGCAUACAGACUAUGGCAAAAAAGCUAUGGAAGUCAAAACCCAAUAUCAUCCUCAAACAAAAGGUUUUCCAAAUGGUAGAAAGGAUGAAUGCAGUGUGUGGAAGCAAGCAGCAGGUGUUCGAACGUUUGCAGAGGUCAUUAAGAACAAUAAUGGUAUGGAAAGAGGAAUCGUAUCAGUCCAGUGUAACGAAUUAAGCUCAAGUAAAAAGCACCAGAAGAAUAAAGGGAGGAAAAGAGUAGUUAGUAAAUCUAGUGGGAAGAAGAUCAAAGAGAUGGAGCAGGGAUAUCUUCAGCUUCCAAAAAGAUAUAGUCACAAAGGCGCCUCCUCUAGUAAAUUGGGUCCGAAAGGGGUUUUAUGGAGAGCAGCAGCUGUGGUAGCAUCUGGUUCAGAAUCAACUACAAGUGGAAUAGCUAGAAGCAGAUCUCUGCUUAAAGAGGCUCAAGGAACUAUUCAGAUGGGAAAGUUGCUGGAAAUAAAUUACAAAGGCAAAGAAGAGGAAGUGUUGGCCAGAAUUAUGGACCUUGAGGCAAAGGAUAGAGCAAGAAGGGGAGGGGUUUUAGUUCCUGCGGCUUAA